AUGCCUCGUCAUCUAUUUGUUGAAUCAAAAACAAUUUUAUCAACAUCUAAAAAUAUUGUAAAUCAAUCAGAGAAACGUGAUCAUCAUUCGCGAAUAUUUCAAGAUGAUCGAACUCAUAAUAAAGAAAAUAAAUUAAAUGAAGAUCAUCGACAACGAAAAUAUUCAACGAAUAGAAUAGUUGAUACUUUUAAAUUUCAUGAACAUGAAGAAAAAUGGUCCAAGAACCAAUCAACAUCAGAUAAACGUCAACAGCGUCGACAAUCAUCGAAAAUGGGUACUACAUUUUCAGGAUCUGGAUCAGCAUUAAAGGGUUCAACAUCAGCUAUACCUCAUGGUAUACGAUCUAGUCUUUUGAAUACUCCAAAUUCUUCACGUGAGAAAGAUGAAGGACGUAUACCAUUGUCAGCAACAAGUUUAUUGACUGAUUCACGUCCAUUACCACGUAUUAAAAUUCUUGAAUUACGUGCUGAAAUUGAAAGUAAACCAACAUUAAUCGAUGAAACAUCUUCAUCAGUUUUAAAAUAUAAAACACCACAAUUUAAAUCUCAUGUUACUUUUCAAAUACCAGCUAUUGAUGAAAAUCAAAAUUGGAAAAUAGGAUGGAUUCAAGCUUGCACUCAUAUGGAAUUUUUUAAUACAUAUGGAGAUUAUGGUUAUACGUCAUGGGAAUUUCCUGAAAUGGUAACACGUGAAAAACCUUUAAUAAAUGAUAGUGAUGGACGAAAUUAUCCUUGGUAUGGAAGUUCCCAUCAAGUUGUAACUAUUAAUGGGCCUAUUUCUCAUACAUCAAAAUAUACGGUAACAAUGCGAGAUUUUUUUCAUCCAUGUGAUGAAGAAAUACCACGUUUAACACAUAUUUAUCGAAAUCAACAUUUUCUUGUUUGGCUUGCUGCAAUGGAUCUUGAAUCGAAAGAUAUUUAUAUUCUUCGAACUGUUGAAUGGAAGAAAAUUAUUGAAAUUUCUGUUGAUCCAAAACGACAACGAGGUCGUCGAUCAACUCUUAUUUCAGAUCCAUCACCGGAACAACCGACAAUCUAUGAGGAAAAUUUACCUAUACCAACUUGUGCUCUCUAUCCACCAACAGCUAAUUCUGCUCAAGUCUUAGUAUGGCGACCAACUUCUGGUCAACCGACACUUGUUGUACCACCUAAAUCUAUUGAAAUCAAUACGACAAAUUGUAAAUAA